GGCGGGUCCGACCGUCUUUGACUGAGCACUAGAGAGGAUAAGUGUCUUGUUCUGUCUGCUUGGGAAAUUCAUGGGGCUUUAAAUUUGUCACCGGGACACAGGUCCACCCAGGGGGGUCAGUGAGGUUUUCUGUCUUCAUAAGCUCCAGAUAAGAAGAGGCUGAGCAGAAGUUCUGUGAACUGCUCUGAAAUUAAUUUUGCAGUUUUUAAUGGAAAUGGAGGAGUAGCACAGAAUGAUGGAGUGAAUAAACAUUCUGAUGUGGACCUGCUUCUUCCUGUCCCCAGGUGCAUGGUUCUCAUUGCUAUUGAAGACAAAAUUUGUCUUAGCCGUGAACUUGCCCUGCAAUAUAGGAAUAAUGACCGUUGCCAAUGCCAAGUCUGGCACAGCCAUGCAGCAGGUGCUGGAUAACCUCAAGGAGCUGCCGCCUUCAACAGGAGCCAAAGACAUCGACCUCAUCUUCCUCCGUGGCAUUAUGGAGAGUCCCAUAGUUCAGUCCCUUGCUAAGGCUCACGAACGAUUGGAGGAUGUUAAGCUGGAGGCGGUGCAAAGUAAUAACGUGGAGCUAGUGAGUGAGAUCCUGUCUGACAUGAGCAGUCUGACCACUCAUGAUGAAAGUGCAGCAGAACUCUAUAAGAUCCUGAAGGAACCACACUUCCAGUCCCUGUUAGAAGCUCACGACAAGGUGGCCUCGAAGUCCUAUGAAGCUCCUCCCACCAGCACCAAUUCCACCAGCAUGACCAGCUCAUCCCUCAUGCCGGCUGACACGGUUCGCAUGAUCAGCAUCCAGAAGAAGGUCGGAGAGCCUCUGGGUGUAACAUUCCGGGUGGAGGAUGGCGACCUGGUCAUCGCCCGUGUUCUGCACGGCAGCAUGAUUGACAGGCAAGGCAUGCUGCAUGCAGGUGACGUCAUCCGAGAGGUGAACGGCCGAGAGGUGGGCAAAGACCCCAUGGCAUUACAGCACAUGCUGAGGGACUGCAAUGGAAGCAUCACACUCAAAAUCCUGCCCAGCUACAGGGACACACCUCCGCCCGCACAGGUGUAUCUGAAGCCACAUUUCAACUACAAUCCUGACACGGAUAAUCUGAUCCCUUGUAAAGAGGCUGGAUUGGCUUUCUCUAAAGGAGACAUUCUGCACAUAGUGAACAAGGAGGACCCCAACUGGUGGCAAGCAUGUAAUAUUAAUGGAGGCCGCACUGGUUUGAUCCCCAGUCAGUUUCUGGAGGAAAAGAGGAAGGCAUUUGUGAGGAGAGACCUGGAUGGAUCAGGAAUCCUCUGCGGGACAUUAACUGGAAAAAAGAAGAAAAAGAAAAUGAUGUACUUGACAGCAAAAAAUGCAGAAUUUGACCGCCAUGAAUUACAGAUCUAUGAGGAAGUGGCAAAGAUGCCUCCGUUCCAGAGAAAAACUCUUGUGCUGAUUGGUGCACAAGGAGUGGGUCGCCGAAGCCUCAAGAACCGUCUGAUUGUGUUAAACCCGUUGCAAUAUGGAACCACUGUCCCUUUCACUUCUCGGCAUCCACGCGAUGAUGAAAAGGACGGCCAGUCGUACCGUUUUGUGUCCCGGGAGGAGAUGGAGACGGACAUCAAGGCAAGUCGCUACCUUGAGCAUGGAGAAUACGAUGGCAAUCUAUAUGGAACCAAAAUCGACUCGAUCCAUGAAGUCGUUCACACAGGACGGACUUGCAUACUGGACAUCAACCCACAGGCGCUAAAGGUACUGAAGACAUCAGAGUUUAUGCCAUUCGUGGUUUUCAUCGCUGCCCCAGAGCUCGAUACACUACGGGACAUGCACAAAGCUGUGGUGGAUGCUGGGAUCACAACCAAACUACUGACGGAAACAGACCUAAAGAAAACAGUGGACGAAAGUGCCAGGAUCAAGCGGGCGUACAAUCACUACUUUGAUCUGACUAUAGUUAAUGACAAUCUGGACAAGGCCUUUGAGAAACUGCAGGCAGCUGUGGAGCAGCUGAGCACACAACCUCAGUGGGUCCCUGUCAACUGGGUUUACUGAGACGUACAGCGGUCCAAACACCCCUUCAUCAUCAUCAUCGUCAUCAUCAUCGUCAUCAUCAUCUGAGGCACAGAACACAAGUUCACACUGAACGGACCCAGCAGUCACUAUGCAAAUGUACACUAGCCAUCCAGUCACGACAGACAUAAGGGAAGUGUACUUAUUUAUUAACAUUAUUUUAUUUUCUACUGACUAAACUUAAAAGCAAAUAGGAUUUUUUUUGAAUGGCUUGUCAUUUAAAAUAGUGAUUUUUAACAAUUUUCCAAAUAAGUAUAAGCUGCAUUACAGUAUUUAAAGCAGAGGGCUGUUUUCUUGCUGUAAUUUUAGUGUUACAAACGUUGGUUUACAGUGCAGGCUUCAUCUCACAUUUCUUCAUCUGUCAUACAGUUCAGUCACUACAGUGUCAAGCAGCUUUAGUUUAUUCAGCUUAAAACUUAAGAUCUUAUGAGUGUGAUUCUAUUCUAAGUGUUAUCCUUUCAUGUCAGUUCAAUUCAAGGAAGCCAAAUUUAACUUUUACAAAAUCACAAUAGCACUUUAUUUUACAGUCCUGUUAUGUAUGUACUAUAGUAACUAGGUACUAAUCCUGAACCUAUACUUCAGUUGUGAUGUGAACGCUUGAAGGGGUCAUUCACUAAAAAAAUGAUUUACUCCCCCUCAUGUAGUUCCAGACCUGUCUGAAUUCCUUUCCACUGAUAUUUUGAGAAUGUGGGUAACUAACCAAACAGUUGAAUGGUUACCUACAUAGUAUGGAAAGAUACUAUGAAAGUCAAAGGGGACCAGAAACCAUUUGGUCACCCACAUUCUUUAAAAUGUCAUCUUUUGUGUUUAGCUGAAGAAAGAAAUGCAUUCAGGCUUGGAACAACUUUAGGGUGAGUGAAUGAUAACUUAAUUGUAACUUUUGUGAACUCCUGCUUAAUUGCGUCAUCCCAUCCUUGUGAUCCUGGUGUGUUUUUCUACUUUACUACAUUUCUACUGAAAUGAUGGGCCGGUUCAGUGUUUCCACCUUGUGGACAAACAGAUUUGUGUGAGGAAAAAAAAAAA